CGUUUGUUUACAUGUCGGCUCCGUGUUCCUCUUUCUAUGAAGUGUUCCUGGCUCGGCGCGCACGCGCUGCGCUGUGAUUGGCCGCCGCGGAGCGCUCUGGGGGCGGGGCGUGGACCGGAAUCCGGGCUGGAACUUUGACUCGGACUUCCUUCAUGACGCCUCGGCGGCCCCGCUGCGGCUCCGUCCUCCGCCGGUCUUCCCGCUCCGGAGCCCGGCUGUUCCUCGCGGGGGGAGGACCGUUUUCCCGCCGGGGGCUCAGAAGUCAGGCGCGUGCCGUCCCUGUCACUCAGCUGCUCGUUCUCGCGCGCCGCCUGUCAGCGUGGAGCACUUUGAGGAGCCGAACCGGACCGAGACGAAGAUUUACGGCGGCGGUGGAGUUCAGAACCAGCGGAGUUCACCGUUCAGUCCCGGUUCUGGUCCCGCCCGGUCCUCCGGACCGUCAGACCCAUGGCGUCCUUCGUUCCCGCCUUCCUCCUCCUCCUCCUCACUCUGAUGGGCGGCACUCGUCCAUCCGUCAGUCAGUCCACCGACUCGGCAGACCCCAUGUGCCACGACUGGGGCGUGUUCAGUAAAGGGGCGGUCUCUGCUCUAGAGGGGGAGGCGGCCUGGCUGUCCUGUCCGCUUUUCUCUCAUCCUUCUGUCUACAACUACUCCACCCAGAGCACCGGACACAACCUUUUCUGGUACCAGAUCCUGGAGGGCCAAGACCUGGAGCAGCCGAUCCGGCAGAGCUCACGCUUCUGCAAACAGCGGGAGCGGCUGUGGGUGCUGCCGGCCGAGGCGGAAGACUCGGGUCAGUACAUCUGCCUCCUGCGAAACAAGUCCUCCUGCAGUAAGAUCGCCAUGCGCCUGAAGGUCCUUCGCCGGGGCCAGGCGACCCCCGCCAGCAGCUGUGAGCCUUCUGUGGCGCCGGCGCCGACCACGGCGCUCAUCCCCCUGCAGGAAGGAAAAACGCUGGACUGUCCGGGCCUGAAGGACGCCGCCUCCAUGUCUGACAGCUCGCCAACCGUGAACUGGUCCCACAAGUGCAACCAGCACCCGUUCUGGAACUCGGACCGGCAGCAGCGGGAGUCCAGCCUGCGCUUCUACACCAUGGUGGAUCAGUACCAGGGCCUGUACUACUGCACCGUGCACUUCCAGCGGGGGGGCAAGCAGCUCAACUUCACCAGAGCCAUCAACGUCACCGCCAUCAAUCCCACCCGCAUGUCCAAAACCCCCGUGAUCCUGCACCCCUACACGGACCGCGUCUUCCACGUCAAAUCCCAUUCCAGGGCCACGCUGGCGUGCCAGGCCAAAGUCCCCUUCGUCGUGGAAGACCCCUCCUGGGACGUUUGGUGGACGGUGGACGGACAGACGCUGGAGAAACUCAACGACCACAGAUUCUCCCAGAGCAGCAGAGUUCUGAAGGACGACCACAUGGACCUGACUGUGGAGAACGUCCUGGAGAUCCAGGACUUCCAGACCGAGGACCUGCAGCGGCGCUUCAACUGCUCCGUGAAGAACGCCAAAGGCUUUGAGAGCCGGCGGGCGGUGCUGGAGGAGGAGGCGUCGCUGCCGUCGGUGGAGCUGGGCUGCGGCCUGGGCGUCACUCUGGUGCUCAUGCUGCUCCUCUUCGUGGUUUACCACGUCUUCUGGCUGGAGCUGCUGCUGCUCUACCGCUCCUGGUUCGGCACUGACGAGCGCCACACAGACGAGAAGGACUUUGACGUCUACAUCUCGUACGCGAGGAACGGCGAGGAGGAGCAGUUCGUUCUGUCCACGCUGCGCGGCGUUCUGGAGAACGAGUUCGGAUACUCCGUCUGCAUCUUCGACAGGGACAGUCUUCCCGGGGGGACCAUCACAGACGAGACGCUGAGCUUCGUGGCUCGCAGUCGGCGCCUCCUGGUGGUCGUCAGCCCCGGCUACGCCGCGCAGGGCUCCCAGGCUCUGCUGGAGCUGAAGGCCGGCCUGCAGGGCAUGGCGCUGGGGGGCCACCUGAGGGUGAUCCUGGUCCAGUUCAAGCCGGUGCAGAGGCAGGACCUGGUCCGGGAACUGAGGAAGGCCCAGGUGGCGCUGGCGCUGGUCCGGUGGCAGGGGGACAAGUCCAGAGAGCUGUCGUCCCGGUUCUGGAAGAGGCUGAGGGUGGAGCUGCCCGUGAGGAGGGGGGCGUGCAAGAGGGAGGGGGCCAGCGGCACGGAGGUGGCGCUGCUGAGACUCACCAGCCAGAACAGCACCAACUCCCAAACGGGCCUGAUCAGCACCGCGUGAUGAGCAGCGACUCCAGUUAGAGGCGGAGCUUCAGGGAAGCUCAGAUCCGAGGAGCAGACCUGGUACCCCCGCAGUGACCCUGAGGGGGCGGGGCCACCACAGGACUCCUUCCAGUCUGAUCUCAGGAGUUCAGCUCAACAAACCGCUCAUGGAGAGGUGGGCGGAGCUUCAGGAGAGGUGGGCGGAGCUCCAGGUCAGCUGACUCUGGGAGAGUCCUGGACCGUUCCUCUCCUCGGGACGGUCCAGUGAGGAGGACAGGAAGAGCUGUGGAUGAGCGUUUUCCUGCAGCCAGACGUUUGAUUCCGCUGUGGAGGAAAGUCCUCCGAAGGUUUCCAUCGGCGUUCAUCAGAAGACGGAGCGUCAGCAGCAGAAACCGUCGUCCUCCUUCGUCUUCAUCCAUUGUCAGAUCUUCAUCCUUCAGAGCUGCAGCUUCAAUUCAUGUUUCAGCUUCAAUUCAUGUUUCAGCUUCAAUUCAUGUUUCAGCUUCAGUUCAUGUUUCAGCUUCAAUUCAAGUUUCAGCUUCAGUUCAUGUUUCAGCUUCAACUAAUGUUUCAGCUUCAAUUCUUGUUUCAGCUUCAGUUCCUGUUUCAGCUUCAGUUCAUGUUUCAGCUUCAAUUCAUGUUUCAGCUUCAUUCACCAUGAAGCAACAAGACGUUAUUAUUUUAAAUAUUCCUUCAUGACAGAAAGCAGUUUUACUGAAACCCGGUCAGAUUAAACGUUUCUCCAGAUGAGCCGGUUCUUCUCAUGAUGAUGACGUUCCUUAAGUUGGACCAAGAACUCCACAAAUGUAAAUUAUUUCUAAAUAAAUCUUAUUUUUAGUA